AUGAACAACUCCAGUCUUCCAAAUGUCGACCAGGGAUCGUGCUGGCUCUUUUCUUCUACAUUCUUCACAACGCUUUUGGUUGUAGUAAGCUUAGCAGCUUUCGUUGGCAACAUUCUUGUCGUUAUCGUGGUGUUCAAGACGCCAAUUCUUAGGACAAGUACUAACUUCUAUUAUGUCAACAUGGCCGUUUCUGAUUUUCUGGGCGCUCUCUUCACCUGGCCAGUGUAUCUUACUCACGAAAUCAUAACAAGCAAGGGGAGCCUACUCCACGGUACUCUGGCUUCAGCUGGGUGCAAAACGGGCGCCUACAUAAGACUCCUGUCAUACUUGGUGUCUAUUCUAAGCAUGGUAUUAAUCGCGGUGGAGAGGUACAUCGCGAUAGUACAUCCCUUAAAAGUGAUCCUACUAACACGAAAAAAAAGAGCAGCCUUAAUAUUUGCAGCAUGGUUGAUACCUAUAACGUAUUCCGUGCCUCACAUCUUUUAUUUUGAGGUAGAAGAGGUUGAUCAGAUAGCCUUCUGUAGAUUUUCAUGGAAUCCUUUAGCGAUUAUGAUAUUUUAUGCUACUACCUUUAUCGUGUUUUUUGUUGUACCGUUAACAUCGAUCACUGUUCAUUACACUGUUAUUGUGCGCGCUCUGAAAAGAGCCAUACCAAGCGAUGAUGCAAACCAAAAUAGUUUCCAAAAGAAGAGAUACAUGCACAGCCAAAACAUAAUGAGGUUAUAUAAGUCAAUCGUGACAGUAUUUGUCGGUUGUUAUUUACUUUAUACCGUGUUCUUGAUCAUAAAAGCUACCGUCCCUAAGCUUUUUCUCAAAGACGAGUGUAAGUGGAUGCUGGGUAUUUUCUACUUCAUGCUUCCGUUGCUCAGUUCAACGGUCAACCCGUUUAUUUUGUUUCUAUUCAGUACUAAUUUCCGUCAAGCUUUACAGACAUUGUGUCCGUUUUCUUGUCCAAAAUUCUGCAUAAAAGUGAGAAGAGGGACGGUACGAAGUUACAGAGUAAGUUUUUCUCCUAAGGAAGCCACCGGAACAACAUGAAUAACACGUUACUCAUGAUGCGCACUGACACACGAUCACAAAAAAGUUAGAAAGAAAAGAAAAAAAAAACCGGAGAAUACAUAGUGUAAGUCUGAGUUCUUCUGAUAAGAUGAAGGUGAAGUGCGGUCGUUUCGCUAACGAACAGUUCGCUAACGCCUUGUCUUUCAUUGACUUCAAUCGAAUCGACUUUCAAUUUGUAUUGAAACGACCUAACUCGACUUUUCGGUCGAUAUGAAAACGAUUACGUUCUAACGUUGGUAGAGCUAAACUUUAUGUAAUUUAACGUUCUGUAACGCGCCAGAGUCAGAGAAACGAGCCAAGACGUUGGCGAGGUGGUCGUUUCGGAAACGACACGUGCGCGAAACGAACAGUUACCAUGAAGUUCAACUUUUUGUAUCUUAAGUAUCAUACAUUCUAUAAUUUACACCUAAAAAUAAGUUUAAUAUUGCGGUCUAUGGCGUUGACAUCGUUUAUGAUAGAGAUUAACGUA